AUGGCUCCAUGGUUGCGGUGGGUGAUGGGUCUUUUUGUAUCCACGGACUUUUACACUUUCCACACUUUACAAUACAUUGAAAAGGAGGAGGCUGAGAUUGGUUCAGGGAUGGUCUCCCCUGGGGCUAAUUGUGGGUUCCAGCAGGCGACAGACGAGUCUGAUUGGUGCUCGGCGUGGCAAAGCCGCCAUAGGGAUCGCGGUGGAGCCGGCGCAUGA